UUUCGCUAGUGGCUUCGGCUUCGUUGUCAACUCGAAGUCCAUAUCGCCCAUACAAUUGUGUGUGAGUGCGACGAAGAGAGCGAUAUUUUUACCUUAUCGCCCACCGAUGUGGUUGUCUCCGAUGUUAUGUGAAUUUUGUUGUUGUAAUCUCGUCUGUUGUCGCUGUCUUGUCUGACUGUGGCAGUCGUAGUUGUCUCGCUAUCGCUUUGCUACCCUACCACCAGCAGCAACAACUACACCAUUCUUGGAAUUUUACUCGACCCGUAAGGACGUACUAGAUUUUAGUGUCGUCGAAUUUCUGCUUUUAUCGUUUUUCUUUUUCGUUUCUCUCUCGCUUUAACCAACAACUAUUGUGUCAAAAACCGCUGACAUUUGAUUUUAAUUUUCCAAAAAAAGGUUAAUUUUUUCGGCAGAGGUAUUUUUGAGUUCUUUUAUUUUUCUCCAUCACCUUAAGAUAAAGUUAAAAGAAAAGUCACGAAAUGUUUUGAUCGCUCCAACUUGUGCCAUUUUAUUUUUCGUACUUCAAAAGGUUGACUCAAUUACAUUGCCGGUGCGGUGCGGUGUGGUGGGAAGAGAUAAAGAAAGAAAAGAGAAUUUAAUUUUAAAGUUCACCUGUGGCCCAGAGAUAAAACAGAAAAGGCUUCAAGAUUGCUGAAAAAAAGGUCCCAACGGCCUUGUGCCAAACCUCAGUGUUGAAAUUAUAUCACACUGUUAUUGAAGAUGUCAUCUCAAGUGUACGGGAUGCAUUCCUCGACGAAGGUGUCGACGAACAAGUCCUACAAGAGAUGAAACAAAUAUGGCGUACGAAACUGUUGGCAAGCAAAGCGGUCGAAUUAAAUCCCGAGCCGCCAGAGCCCCAGCCACCACCGAUUAUUGCAAAUAAUCCAAAGGUAAGCAAGGCCGCUGCUAAUAAAUCAAAGAAAGCCGCAGCAGCCGCAGCGGCCGCCGCUGCCGCAGCCGCUGCUGCUGCAGCUGCAGUAUCAUCUCAAAAUAAUACAGCUGCAACUCAAAGUAACGACGUUAAACCAAAUCAAAUAAACAAUUCCAUUUCAUCUGUGAAUGGAACAAUAAUUAAAACAGAACCAAACCAACCUCAGCAUCAGCAAAUUCAACAACACCAAUUGAUGCAACCACCAGCUAUGGUCCAGCAACAGCAGCAGCAGCAACAACAACAACAGCAGCAGCAACAGCAACAACAACAGCAGCAAAUGCAACAGCAACAGCAGAUAGUACAACAAAAACAACAGCCAAAUCAAAACAGUCAUCAACCUGUUCCGCAACAACAACAGACAACAUCGGCGUCUGCUAUACCAGCAGUUGCAGCAUUAGAUCCAAAUAAGAUCAUGCCAGUCAAUAUUACGUUACCUGCUCAACCCGGUACCAUGAAUACAGAAUCACGAGUUCUGACAAUCCACGUGCCGGCGUCGGCGCUACAAGAGAAUCAAUUGACACAAAUCCUCACGGCAAAUUUGAUUUCGUCGAUUAUGUCGUUGCCAACGGCCUUGGCUUCGUCUGUAUUACAACAGCAUGUUAACGCUGCUUUACAGAACGCUUCUAUGCAAAAAAAUUUCACAACAGCCAAACAAUUAGAUGGUGCUCUUGAUACAUCAGAUGAGGAUGAAUCAGAAGAAAGUGACGACAACAUGGACAAUGAAGACGACGAUGACUUAGACAAAGAAGAAGACGAGGAUGGCGAAAAUGACGGUGGGCCUGAAGAAGAGCCUCUGAACAGUGAAGACGAUGUUACAGACGAAGAUGCCAGUGACUUAUUUGACACGGACAAUGUUAUCGUAUGUCAAUAUGAUAAGAUAACAAGAUCGAGAAAUAAAUGGAAAUUCUAUCUCAAAGACGGCAUCAUGAACAUUGGAGGCAAGGACUAUGUUUUCCAAAAGUCCAAUGGUGAUGCUGAAUGGUAGACAAGACACAUUACAAUUUAUUUGUUCUUUUAGAUAAAUCAUUCGUUACUUAUUUCGUUUUUUAAUUCUUUGUUUCAUUAAAAAAAAUAUAAUUGUUAUCUUAUUUUGAAAUUUAACAACCCAAAAUAAUGGUUCUAAGGUUUUUUCCCUCUAAAGACUAAAGACUAGUACGCAGUUGUUCGUAGAGUUCCAUAGGACUUUGAAUUCCAUUUUGUAACAUAAAGAAUCAAUUGACAAAAAAUGUUUUAACUUUUUUCUCCUUCACAUGACAUAAAUAAAAAUAUUUGUAAAAAGUACAUUUUGCAUUUCACAUGAACCACACUACUAGUCUUUAAAAAUAAAAACUAACCUUUAGAUUGUGAAGCUAAGGAAUAUGCUAAUUGAAUGAUAAAUUAUGAUUACUGUACUGGUAAACAAAAACAAUUAAAAAAAAAAACAAAAAUACAAGACAAUUUAUUAUAAUAUGAUAUAUUUGGAAUAUGUAAUAGUUAAAUAAAAGAACCUUUUAACGUCA